AUGUUUGGCUCGACGAAGGGUGGCCAUUUUGGAGUUGCCCCGGCGGCUGGUUGCCCCGGCGGCGUCUCCCAACUUGCAGCCUGGACCAAAGCUGGACCCGCAGGUGCCGGGCCUGUGGGCAGCCGGACCGACACGAUGUGGCGGCUCCGCUGCAAAGCCAAGGAUGGCACCCAUGUUUUGCAGGGGUUGUCCAGCCGGACCCGGGUGCGGGAACUCCAGGGCCAAAUUGCCGCCAUCACCGGGAUCGCCCCCGGCGGUCAGCGAAUCCUCGUCGGUUACCCGCCGGAGUGCCUGGAUCUCAGCAACGAGGAUACCAUUCUGGAGGACUUGCCCAUCCAAUCAGGUGACAUGCUGAUCGUUCAAGAAGACCAAACCAGGCACAGAACUUCACCUGCAUUUGCAGAAUAUGGUGCUUCUAGUUACUACAGGGAAACUUCGCCCGUGCUUACCAGAACUGCAGUCCCAGCAGACAACUCUUGCCUCUUUACCAGUGUGUACUAUGUUGUUGAAGGGGGAGUCUUGAAUCCAGCUUGUGCCCCUGAGAUGAGACGCCUCAUAGCACAAACUGUAGCCAGUGAUCCAGAGUUCUAUAGUGAGGCAAUACUGGGAAAAACGAACCAAGAGUACUGUGACUGGAUCAAAAGGGAUGAUACUUGGGGAGGAGCUAUUGAGAUAUCAAUUUUGUCCAAGUUUUAUCAGUGUGAAAUCUGUGUAGUGGAUACACAGACAGUAAGAAUUGAUCGUUUUGGGGAAGAUGCAGGAUAUACCAAAAGGGUUCUGCUUAUUUAUGAUGGCAUCCACUAUGAUCCACUUCAGCGUAACUUCCCUGACCCAGACACCCCUCCUCUGACCAUUUUCUCUUCUAAUGAUGAUAUUGUUCUUGUACAAGCACUGGAAUUAGCAGAUGAAGCUAGAAGGAAGAGACAGUUUACUGAUGUAAACCGCUUCACCCUGAGAUGCAUGGUGUGUCAGAAGGGAUUAACUGGACAAGCGGAAGCAAGGGACCACGCCAAGGAAACAGGCCAUACCAACUUUGGAGAAGUGUGAGCUAUGCAUGAUGAGGGUUGAAGCCUACUACCUCACAGAUCCAGAAGGCUCUGGGCAUUCCAAUAAGCUAUUUGCGUAACCCGAAAGAACGAACGAACAAUGCUUGAACCACCCUUUUAACUUAAAACCACUAAGACACUGAAAUUCCUUGUUAAGAUUAAACUUAGUGUGCAAGUUUACAGAUGUGUGUCUAUAGUGGUGAUACCCUCUUUCUGCUGGGGUGACAGAAUAGGUGGUGCUUGCCACCUACUGACACUAACCUGAAGAUUGAGCUUUAGUAUUAUACACUAGCACCCAGCAGCAUUAACUUGUAGAAGAGAACAACGUCACAUGUUGGGUAAUGCAGGUCUCACAUGAGGCCACUGGACAUAUACCACAGUGUCUCCAGUAAUUAAGUCCUUUUAAUAACUCUGAAUGAGUUAAUAGUUUCUAAAUUAUGAAUUGAUUUCUCAAAAGAAGAUACUCAGAAUUGUCAAAAUUGAUUUUAUAUUGCAAUUUGGUAGACUUUAUAAAUGUGUACUUCACCCGUUAUAAGUACAUAUCAAGCAAUUUUUACAGGGAUGGGUCUGUUCCUUAAGAGUGUUACCUAAAAACAGGAACUGUUACUACCCUGUUAAGAUUUCUAAUGUAUAAAAGUAGAAUGUAUGAGGGAACAGGUGCCUGAAGCAGCUUACUGAAGCUUUAAAAGACCGUUGGCCUCAUGUUUUAAUGCAGUUUAUUUAUUGGUCUUUGUUACAUUAGAUAAAAUUUUUUAAUUAGGGUAUUUUUUUAAUUGAUGUUACUUGGAAUUUGAGUGCUCCAUUUUUGCUUUUUUACACGUAAAGAUUUGUCUGGAGGGAUUUGAUUUCCUUGGCUUUUUAAAAAUACUUCUCCGACUCCUGGAAAAAAAGUGUUUAUCCAAAGUAAUAAUGCUAUGCUUUUUUUAAAAAAAUCUUUUGCUUACCUAAGCAGUGUUUGUUUUCAUGUUAGCCUUAUUCCUCCACUAAUGACCUUUCAAAUAAUUUCACAUUUUUGCAAAUUAGCACUUUGCUUAUCAGCGAUCUUUUACUUUGCCUUUUGAAGGGUUUAAAGUAAUUGGGAUGAUGAUGUUGAUUGACUUAGUUUCACUUCCAAAAUAUGAAAGUUUUUAAAUCCUUGCCUUACUCAGCUUUCUCAGAAUUCUGCUUCUUCCUAUUACUAGAUGUGUAGCCAUUUGCUUGGUGGGCUAAUCCACAGGGCACACCCUCUAAAAUUUAGCUUCACUAUGAGCUCUUCCAGAUAAAGUGUUCUACCUCUUUUGAUAAUUCUUCGUAAGAUCAGGGAUGCUAAAUUUAAAAUUGUUACGUAUUUCUCACGUAAUGUGAAGAGGCUUAGUGUUGUGAAAUUCUGUUAGCAUGGUCUCAUUUUUGAUUAAGUAUCUCGCUUGGAAAACUAAUGGUAUACUUUAAAGCGUUUAUCUCUUUCAGCAGAUCUUGGCAAAUGUUUCAAAAUUAAGAUUUAGCACUUUCACCUGGUGAAGGUGGCCAUGUAAAAUUAGGAAACGUAAACAAUUUAGGGAAAAAGUACCUUUAAGGAACAAUUUACAAAGUAUGCUUGAAAUCAUCAAAUGACAUUUCUUGAGUACCUUUGUGCAUAUAGCUGCUUUAGGCAUUGUAAAUUAUUAUGGUCAGUAUAACUUAAAAGUGUUUAAUUUUCAAUUUACUGAGCCUUAAAAACAGCACUUGUCAGUUUACGAUACUUAGUGUUUGGCAAUCAUGUAUGUACAAAUGAAUAUGAUUGAAAAUCUCUUCACACCUGUCUGUCAUCUGGUCUAGAUAGUUUUUGUAUCUUUUAUUUCUUCUAGAAAAUGUUAAAUUUAAAACUGUCAAUCAGGUAUCACUGGAUAGAAUGAAUCAAAUUGAGCUUUAUGCAUCAUUGUUCAUAAAACUUGCCUUCCUUUCUUAGUACUUCAAGAGCCAAAGUUGACUUUUUGCUUACUGAAAUUUUAGGUCUAGGAGUUUAUUCAUGCAACAAGUAUUUAUUGAGUAAUUUAUAAUGUGCCAGUCAUGUAUCGGUGUAUUUCCUAACAUACAUUUCUGUCACUUUAAAAUUGAGUCUAUAUUUUAUCUACAGUGGUUUAAUUUAACAAAUGGAAAGAAAUAGAGUUCUGAUGUUUUACGUAAUUAAACCCUCCAUUUUAUGUGUUUUUGUUUACAUAUUUAAGCUUAAUACUUUUAUAGCAAGUGUCAAUUUAUUCCAGAGAUCUUAUUUUAUUGUGUUACCUGUUAUUUAGCUUGUCCAUUCACAGAUUGGACACUGAUAAUUCAGUCAAAUCGCUGUCGAUAAUGACUUUAUUUAUUAAUCAUCUGCUGAAAUUCAGCACUAGUCUUUCAGUGUUCUGACCGUGGAAUAUUCAAAAUGAAGCACUAUUUGUAGACCACUUGAUUUAAUUAUUGAGAAUUAAAAACCAAAAUUUGUUUAUUCUAAACUCAAGCUUGUGUGCCUCAUAUAAAGAUUUUUUUUUACUGUGCUUAUUACACUUCCAUGAAAUUAGUCAUUAAUAUGAGUAAAUGCUAAUCCUGAGAACUUUGAAAAUCUAUGGAUUUAGUACUUGCAGCAGGAUUAAAAGAAACUGUCUUAAAUUUGCACUUGAACAAAAUGAAACCCUCCUUCCUUUUCAUUUAGUUUUUGACUGCCAUAUAAGAAUAUUCUUUUAAUUAAAAUGAAGACCGUUUACAUUAGUGACAUAAUGAAGAAGACUGUAUUUUCCAGCCCCCUCCUUUUCCUUGCUGCUCUUUGGAUUUAAAGAUUAGGUGUAGUGCUAUACAGAUAGCCAUAUGUAUGCUGCAUCAUCAGGAUGUUACAUCUUAAUGGCUAAUAGUUGGUUUCUUAAUUAUUUCCCAUGAGUGAGAAAUGGGUACAGUCAAGUGGUGGUAGCUUGAAAGCUUGGCUGCUGGUCACCUUGACCUUGUUGGUAAGAACUAAUGUAGUCCUGCCACUUGAUUAUUCCAUGAAGUUCAAGUCCCAGCAAAAUCAUAAUCAGGAAUGAGUAACAUUACAUUAUCUCUCUAUACAUGCCCCUAAGUGCCCAUGCUUAACUUGCUUAUCUUGCUUAUUCCUUCUGUCCCAAGUAGGGAUUAAAACAUGGCUAUAGCAAGUUGCCCUAGCUAAGCAUAGUUUUCUAUGUCUUUUUGAAAAAAAAAUAUUGAGCAGUAUGCAAGAUUAAGUAACAGAGUGAUAUUUUUUCUUUACGAAUCAGGUGGCCUUCCUAACUUUCAUAUAUAAUUAAUAAUCAUGUUCUUUCAUGUAUUGAGACACACAUUUGUUGUUAUUGGUAGCACUUUAAAAAGUAUGAAAAAGUUUACAUGUUUGCCCUCUCUAGGGAUCUUGCUAAGGACAUUAAAAUAAAAUUCUUGAGCUGCUAACAAUUCAGCUCUUAAUCGUCUCUGGCCACCAGUGUAUCCACUGGCACAGCAUUCUGGUGUUUUGGUAAUGGUAGAACUCAAUUUCAGUAACUUUUAGGAGCAUGCUCUGUGCCCAGCAUUCAAAAUGUUGCUUCUUAUUAUAAUGUGAUCGUCAUCUAUCAUUUAUUACACAGUGCAGUAUUCAAAUUUGUUCUUGUAGCACAAAGACAACUAUAACAACUUCUAGAAGAUUAGAUUUCUUAAAACUUCCUUUACUUCUAAGCAAACUUAUUUUAAGGGGACCAGUUUUUUUAGUCAGAGGCCUGGAAAGUAACAUAUACAGGUGGCAUAAUUUUGAAGACUAGAGGGAAACACUUACUGAUUUGAAUAAGCUAGUUUAUUAACUAAAGCUUUCUUAUUAAGAGUUAUAAUAUUGCAGCACAUUUCAUCCAACUUAAAAAGAAUGUAAAACUUCUCCAAUUCUGCAAAGGUGUUCUAUUUUUCCUCCUCCAAAAAUUAGCUGACAUUUGUUUACGGUGCUUUGAACAUUUGCUUUAGGAAAAAAAAUAUUACACUGAUACUGAAUAUUUAGGGUGCUGAUUUGGGUCUUGAUUCAUAAAGAUUUAAAGAUUAAUAACCCUGCCAUGAUAUUUUUGGAUCAAAGGGAGGGAAGGGCAGGAGGGUAAAAUACCACUAAAAAAGAAGAGACUCUCAAAUGGAUGCAUUUCUGGUCAUGAAUUAGGUUUUUCAGAAAAAUUUUCAAGCACUGCCUUUGUGUCACCUCAACCCUUCUCCCCUAUUUCUUGGCAUAGAAUGUAGCAGGGCGGUAAGUGAAUAAGCUUGUUAUUAAAGUAUAAAACCAUGAAUAUAAGCAUUUUGCUAUGGUGUCUUUUUAUCCUUAGGUUUUAAAAAUAAAAACUUACACCUAGGAGUUUAGGGAUAGUGAACGUAUGAUUUGGUUACGUUGUAGGGUAAAUAGACAAGGUUAACUUAAGAAAGGUUUAGAAUUUCUAAGAUUACAUGACCUUGACUUUAUAACUGGUAUAGGACAGGUAGGUGUAGCCUACAGUUACUUAAAGGAACAGGAGACCUAAGUUCUUGUCAGUUUUCCAGUUCACCUUGGUGCCAUACAGGAUUCAGGCUGUUUACAGGAAAUAUAUACUUAGUAAAGAGUAAAUUUUUGUCCUUUAAAAAUGUGAAUUAAGCUAAAAAUACAGAAUAAAUACGUAUAGUUUGUCAAAGAAGAUAGAGAAUGACAUAGUCAUGUAAUUCCUGUGUUAAUGCAGUAGAGACGGAGAUUCCUGAAGCAAGAAGAAAACCACAAGUAAAGACUCAAAUUUAGAGCUUGGGAACAGAACUUGAAAAAGUAGGCAAGGGCAAAACAGAACAUAGUUCUGCUUUUCUUGGCAUAGAAAAUAUUUUUUCUUAAUGAAGAUGGAAAGUGUUUUUUUGUCUUAAAAAUGUUACUUUAUCUAUUUGCCAGCAUUUUUUGUAAGUUAAUACCCUGCUGCUACCUGGGAGAUGUCUAAUUUCAUUUUGUACAACUCUUAUGUGAUUUUGCCAUUGUCAUUAAGAUGCACUGAUUUUAUUUAUGAGGUGUAUGAUUUUAAAUGUCUAAAUGCUGUAUGAAGUGACUUGUUUUGAAGGAAUAAAUGGAGUGAAAACAUU